GCUGUUGACGCUGAUUGGCUGCUUGCCUGCUGCGGCUCGUCGGAGCAGACGGACAAACAUGGACGUCACAUGUGAGAGAAUGACCUGAUCAUGGACCGUAGAGCCCGCCGCGGGAACAACCAGCACCGACACACAGUGGAGGAUCGACAGGAAGCAUGACCGAGGAGAAAUGUCCCCAGCUGGUGGACUACUUUGUAGUGGCUGGCCUGGACCCCGCGGGGCCGUGGAGGCCCCUGGACGAGGACGGGAAGGCCGCCGCCGCCUCCUCGACGACGUCCUCGUCUUCUUCUUCGACGGGCCGGGCGGCGGAGCCCGUGACGGACCUGGUGGUGAUCGCCCGGGGGCUCGGGGAGGACGUUCCCGAGGGCUUCACCUGCAUCGAGAAGACGCUGGGCGGACACUCGGCCGAGCUGAGCGCCGGCCUCAUCAACAACCCGCACCUGUACCUGUGUUACCGCCGGGGGCGGGACAAGCCGCCCAUCCUGGACCUGGGGCUGCUGCCCAGCAAGGGCGAGGUGGCGCCGCACACCUUCUGCAGAGUCGACAAGAACCUGAACACGGGCAUGUGGGGUCCAGCGCUGCACGUGUGCUACAAGAGAGCCGUGGCCACGGCCAACGCCCUGGUGUUCGAGGCCGAUCUGAUCAGCCGCUACCCGGAGGAGGACCUGGACUCGUUCCCUCUGCCCGAGUCGGUGCCGGUCUUCUGCCUGCCGAUGGGCGUCACCGUGGAGAGCUGGCCUCAGAACACCAAGUACCAGCUGCCCGUCUUCUCCACCUUCGUCCUCACCUCCGCCUCCGGGGACAAGGUUUACGGCGCCGCCAUCCAGUUUUACGAGUCGUUCUGCAGAGAGCUGCUGUCGGAGCGGCAGAGCAUCCGCCUCGGUCUGCUGAGCGUCGUCGACCGGCGGCCCAUCACCAACCGCAGCCUGCAGGUGAAGACGAGCAUCUGCGUCCUCUCUCACUGGCCCUUCUUCACCGUCUUCCAGAAGUUCCUCACCUUCGUCUACAGAUACUCCAUCUCCGGGCCCCACGUGCUGCCGAUCGAGAAACACAUCUCCAGCUUCAUGCACAACGUCCCGUUUCCUUCCCCUCAGCGUCCUCGAAUCCUCGUUCAGGUAAGACCGACGAAAUGUUUCGCCGUCAUUGCAUUAGGUUUCUUCCUGCAGAGCGCCUCGACGCUGCUUCCUCUUAAAGGCAGCUCUUCCUCCCCACAGUUGCCAGGUCUGAUGGACGGCGUCAAUAAAACUGAUCAAACAGUUUGUUCCAGGCGGGAGGAUGAAUCUUCCCCGUCAGCAGGGUCAUGGUCGGAAUCUGUCCUGGAAGUUUGUAACUCCUGUUUCUGUGUCCAGAUGACGUUCCCGCUCCGCUGGCUCUGUCCCUACAUCCCUCUGUGCCCGCUGCAGAUGGCAGACGUGUUGCUGGCACCCAUGCCCUUCAUCGUGGGCGUCCACUCCAGCUACUUCGACCUGCACGACCCCCCCACCGACGUGGUGUGUGUCGACCUGGACGCCAACACCAUCUUCCAGUCAGAUGACAAGAAGCCACUGUCAUGGCGUUCGUUGCCCAGGAAACACGGAAAGAUGCUGUUCAACGUCCUCAGCAACCUCCACAAGACGCUGGAGAAGAUUUGCACUCCCGGCCAGGAGGAGGCGACGCUGGAGUUCCUGCUGACCGACUACGACCAAAUCUACAGGCGUCAGAAGCAGCUGGAGCUGGAGAUCCAGGAGGCCUUCCUGCGCUUCAUGAGCUGCCUGCUGCGAGGCUACAGAGCCUUCCUGCUGCCCAUCACGCAGGCGCCGUCCGACACCACCACCGACUGCAGCUCCCUGUUCAACCUGCAGGGUUUCCUGAAGUCUCGGGAUCGAACGCAGCAGAAGUUUUACAGCCAGCUGACCAGGACGCAGAUGUUCACCCAGUUCAUCGAGGAGUGCUCGUUCGUCAGCGACCGCCACGCCUGCCUCGAGUUCUUCGACGAGUGCGUGCAGAAGGUGGACGUGGAGAAGCCGGAGGAGGUGAGGCUGAUCGACCUGGACGAGACGCACAGCGGCGAGCACACCGUCUUCAUCAUGCCUCCCGAGGAACCGCAGGAACCGGAUGGGUCUGAGUGCCCCGCCCUCUACAGCUAUGAGACCUUCCCCACCCUCAAACUAGAGCUCUUCGACCAACCCCAGGACCAGCUCCGCGUCCCAGCCAAGGGCAGCGCCCCCAGUAGCCCCGCCCCCCGUCGCACCAAACAGGAGAUCAAGUUGGCUCAGAAACGGGCGCAGAAGUACUCGGCAGUGCCGGACAUGUGGUCCAAGUGCCUGCUGGGUCACUGCUACGGCCUCUGGUUCAUCUACCUGCCCACCUUCGUCCGUGCGGAGACCGCCAAGGUCCGCGCCCUGCACACGGCCUACGACGUCCUCAAACACAUGGAGAACCGCAAGGUGGUGCUGCCGGAUGAGGUGUGUUACCGGAUCCUGAUGCAGCUGUGUGGUCAGUUUGGGCAGCCGGUCCUCGCCGUCCGAGUCUUGCUGGAGAUGAAGAAGGCGGGAAUCACACCGAACACCAUCACCUACGGAUACUACAACAAGGCGGUGCUGGAGAGCAAGUGGCCGUCGACCAAUCAGGGCGGGCGUCUCCGCUGGGCCAAGCUGAGGAACGUCCUGCUGGCUGUGGCCCAGUUCAGACAGCCAAUCAAACGGCGGCAGAAGAGCGGCUCCGUGGGUUCGCGAGGAGAAACGGCGGCGGAGUUUGACCGAAGGCCCCGCCCCCAGUCCUCUCUGAUUCGUCAGUCCAGUUGGAGCGGUCUGAGCGAAAGCUCGAGUCACGAGUCUCUGACUGGCCCGCUGGUGAAGAGCAACAGUCUGAGCAGCAUGAAGAUGGCGAGCGACAAGGUCAAACCGGGUAAGAAGUCCGUCCUCCGUGAGGCGGGGGCCAAUGGCUGCGCAGACGCCGUCUCCCGUAAACCCCCGCUGGGACGGCGGGACGCGUCCACGCCGCCUCCGGCGCCCUCUGGUGGAGUUCUGGUUCAGCGCAGUCAGGUGUGCCUCUCCAGCUUCUACAGAGAGUGCGUGGAGUUGGCCGACUCGGAGCUGGACUUCAGCUGCACGCCCGAGGCAGACAGACGACCUGCAGACGUGCAGGGCUCGGCCGGCAGGAGCAAAGCUGUCGAUGAGAACUACAACAACGUCUCCUCCCCGAGCCGAGGAGGACUGGCGGGCAAACUGCAGCAACUCCUCACGCCGACCAAACACCGAGCGUCCGUGCGACGAGCCGCCAGCGUGGGCGACCGGCGCCCGGGAGGAGGGGGAGGAGCGGGAGGAGGAGGAGUGAUUGGACGGAGAGUGUCGGACCAGAGGGCGUCGAGGAAAGGUCAAGUGGCCGAAACGCUCCUGAAAGCAAAGGAGAAGCUGGUCAACGCCACAUCAGAGAGCUCGCUGUCUGUAGGAAGUGACCUCGACUUGAUGGAUGUGCCGAGUCCGGCGUAUCCUCUACGCCGGUCCUGGGACGCCAAUCAGGAGGGGGCGGGAAUAGAGGUGUUGAUGUCCAGCUGCUCGCUUUGUCGUAGCUGCAACUCGCUGGUUUACGACGAGGAGAUCAUGGCGGGCUGGACAUCAGACGACUCCAACCUGAACUCCUCCUGUCCGUUCUGCAGCUCCUCCUUUGUUCCCUUCCUGAACGCCGAGAUCUGCGACCUUGGACCCGUCAGCAGUGCGGACCGCUGCAACUGGAACCUGGAGGACGAGGUGGAGAGCGCCGUGAGGCCCCCCAGUGGUCACGAGGCGUCCCUGCGACCCCAGUGUAACGGGCUGAGCGAGGACUCCAGCUCCGAGACCAGCAGCUACUCCGAGACCAGCAGGACCACCACGGGUUCGUCGGCGGGCGGAGUUCCCCAGGUGACCGUGGCCUACCUGAGCCCUCUGGUUCUGAGGAAGGAGCUGGAGAGUCUGCUGGAGAACGAAGGCGAGGCGGUGCUGGCCCAGCCUCAGUUCCUGGACAACCACUCCAUCAUCUUCUGGAACCUGGUGUGGUACUUCCAGCGCCUCGGCCUGCCCAGCAACCUGCUGCAGCUGGUCCGAGCCUCGCCGCUGGUCAGCCAGUUCUCACAGUCGGAGAACUCGGCAGUGAGGGUGAGACUCCUGUGGGACACCCUGACCCCCGACACAGACCAGUGGCCCCCCCUCUACGUCCUCUGGAGGAUCCACAGUGGCGUCCUGAUGAGAAGCUACAGCUGGCGGAGGCACAACCACCCGUUCACCCUGUCCUUCCUGGAGGAGGUGCUGCGGUGGGUGGGCAUGAAUGAGGUGCACAAGGCCGUCACGCUCUUCCUGGACACGCUGGCCAAACAGCCGGGAACCCCCAGGAUCCAGAGGAGUCUGUACAGAGAGUUCCUCUUCCUCACUCUGGCAGCUAUGGGCAAAGAUCACGUCGCGGCGUUCGAUAAGAAGUACAAGGCGGCGUACUCUCGGCUCAGCGGUACUCUGGGUCGGGAGGAGCUGCGGAAGAAGCGAGCACAGCCUCCCAGCCCGAAGGCCAUCGACUGCAGACGCAGCUUCCACCCGCCUCUUGAAUGCUGAAACGGGUCCUGGUGACUUCCCCCGCGCUCGUUCAUCCCUGUGAGGGGAAAACGGCGAGCCUUCGGAUCCCCGCUGCCUUCACCUGCUCGUGUUCUUCACCUCUCUGCUGCCUCCAGGUGGAGGUCGGAGUGCCGCACUCCUUCCUGUCCUGUCCUUCUUUUGCCUCGUCGGUGUGAAUCCAGAUGCUUUACGGCUCCAUCAACGAUCCUGAAAGUAGAUCCGGCAGCAGGAGACAAAAAGGACGCACUUCUCUCAGCAGCAUUCUGAGCCGUGAUUGGUGCAGCGUCGAAGGCGAGGGCUCGUCAGAAGCUCGGGCUGGGCUGAUUUAAAGAUGCGCUGCAUGGUCACGGGCGAGCCUCACAGUUUGUUUUUAAAGCGUGGUUGAGAACUUUCAGACGUUUUUUAUUAGUGUUUUUGAAUGACUCAUGGUGCUGGGAGUCGGCCCGUCACAAUGAAGCUGCAGUUUGAGUCUUUCCAUGUGACCGCAGAGGCCAAGGUUAGGACCUCUCAGAUCCUCCAGUCACCGCUGGAUUCCCUCUGCAGCUUUGUGGUGCUGGUGCACGUCAGCGAAGCCGACCCGGAGAAGCACGACUGAAGCAGGUGACCUGACACGAGCUUCCACGGAGGCGGAGUGAAAGUCUCGGCGAGCGAGUUAGCAAGUACAACAACGGUCACCUGUAAAACCUGACCGGCGACAAAGAUCACGAUCAUAACGAGUAGAAUAACCUCCCACACACACAUCCUCUCAUCCACCGCCCGCUGCCUGACCUCCACGAUGAAGCUUGAACUAUUUCCUGUUAGAAUCCAGAUGGCAGUACAGGAAGUUCCCCUCAUCAUCUGUGUUUGGACCUGGAGACUCACCUGGAGGCCCGACGCACUCAUUCGGGAAGUGCUGUGUGAUGUGAAAUCUGUAUUAUAACAAAGUGUAGAUAUUUAUGGCUCUAAUAAAGCAGAGGGUGUAAUGAACAGGUUGUUUCAGCGGCAGAAUGCAGAGCAGAGCUUUUUGAUGGAGCUCAGCGACUCAGCGUUAAGGCUGAAGAGGAAAGAGGAGGGAUGCACGCUGUCGUGUGUUGAUGCUCGAAAGCUUCGCUGGUGUCAGCUCAGAGCGUCUGGUUUGGGACAAGCGAGGUCAGAGGAAAUAAACGAUCCAAUUUACAGACAAGUUCCCCUUGAAGGCGUCGCCUUCUCCUUCCUGUCCGCCCUGCGAGCACCAGCAGCUACCCUCGACAGCUCAGGCCUGACCGAGGAUUCCGCAGAUCCAGAUGAUUUGAAUCCUGAAUCGCUCCAUCACGUCUCUGAGGGUCUUCAAGUUGUACCAGGAGCAUUUAGCCUGCAUGGGGUCUUUUAUUUUGAAAUGUGGCUUGUUUCUGACUUCCUGUUCUCUGCUCUGAGUAGCUUGGUGUGGUUUCUGUCAAAAAUAGCACCCCUGCUUAUUUUGAGCAGCAGGAGUCAAGAGUGCCGCAUCACUGUGCCCACGGCAUUCUGGGUAACACACCUGACCUGAUCUGAGAGCUCAUUGGUUGUUCAGAUAAGCAGUGGGUGGAGCCUCUGCAGAUCUUUUAUUAGUUUUUUUUAAAUAUUAAAAAACAAAAAACGUCAUAUUUCCUUUUGAGGCCACGAUUGCUGCACGGCUGUUUUUGUUGGGUCGUGUGUGAUUGUCCUGAACCAGAUGCUCAGCAGUGCUAUGGAGCAUGCUCAGUUUGUGACCUGAUGCCCUUCACGUCUGGUCUGUCAGCUGACCCACAAAGCUAACAGUUUGCUCUGGGGCGUCUCAGCAGCAGCAGGAAUCAAACCGGCGACUUCUCACUGAUAUUUCCAGCUUCAUAUUUUUAGUGUCGUGGAGCAGCUUUGCAUGAUUCACAGUUCAAAAUAAUCCUCCUGUGUCAGGGCUCAGUCCUUAAUCACCCUCUGCUUUGGCUACUGUCUCUUAAGAUGCCAGCUUUCCUCUCAUUGGACAGCUCGCAGAAGCAUGCGGGGGGCAGAUGGCUGAAUAAAUGUAAGUGUUUGGUUUACAGGGGGGGCACUGUAACGUGUUAUGAGACUAAAGCACGCUCACGCUGACCUGGCUCCUGCUGCAGCCGAGCGCCCGGAGCCUGGCGUGAACUUCAAACUGUGGUUAAAUUCGUUUGAGUCUUUAACCAACCAGCUGACCGCCUGUGGUUAGAGCUCAGGCGGGCGUAUUUAAACUGAUAUUGUGUUUGCUGUUGUAAUUUAUAAAUGCUCGUGAUUUCAGUUGUAAAUGUUUUUUAAGAAAACAAAUAAAAGUGAGCAGAGUUUGCAAAUA